UUUAUUCAAAGCGAGAUUAAAACUGCUCUAAUCAUGAACGCCAAGGUAUUUUUCAUCGCAUUCGCUUUUCUAUGCUUGGCUUACACCAUCGAGGCUGGCGUAGUACGCCGGUCAGCGGACGAUAAUAUUACGACUCCGACAAUUAAUAUAACUUCAACCACAACAGAAGAUAAUGUGCAAAAUAAAGUUGGGGAAAAUAAACCUGAGGACAAUGAUCAGAGCAAAAAAGACCAAGAAGCGACUACUAAAGCAGCAGAAGCUGCGGAUGCAACGACUGGGGCUGCAGCAAGCAAUCCCGGUGGACAAGACAAAAUUGACACCACCACAGCAAACAGUACACUGACAGAGGAGCAGCUGAAGGAGAAGGAGAAUGCAGUGGGAGGUCUGGUAGCGCUGUGGUGGCUUUUGAACUUGCUUAAAGGCGGGCAAUAAUUUUUGACUGCUGAUACUGCAACGUAUUC